GCCGCGAUGCCCGAAAAAAGGGCAUUAUGGCCCAGAUAAAUACCCUUACAUGCUUCAGCGUGAAUCAAACUGGACUGCUUCAACGCACCCUAGCCAUGACAAAGCUGUCUUUCAGCAAUCAAGUAGUCUGGCAGUAGAUUCAACUAGAAACCGACCAGCUAUGUCGCAGCAUUGUUCAGGAGAAACACCAUUGGAUUUAAGUGGACACAAGCAGACAUAUCCUUCUUCCUCUGCAAGUUUUGCCCCACCUGACAGAAUGCGCACUGAUCUAUACCAGAAGAACGUUGCCUUUCAACCAAGAGCGGUUCAGAAUGAAUGGCAGCAGUCUCGUCGUGAUGUUUGGGAGGAAAGAGACAGGGACAGGCAGACUCCUUCUACCUCUGAAACAUGGACCCCACCUGACAGAAUGCAAAGUGAACUUAACUGGAGGGAACACACUGCUCAAGCAACAGGAAUUACCCAAGGAGAGCAGUCUCAAGUUUGGCAGGGAAGAAACAGGCAGACACCUUCCGCCUCUGCAUCUUGUGCUCCACCUGACAGAAUGCGCACUGAUCUAUACCAGAAGAACGUUGCCUUUCAACCAAGAGCGGUUCAGAAUGAAUGGCAGCAGUCUCGUCGUGAUGUUUGGGAGGAAAGAGACAGGGACAGGCAGACUCCUUCUACCUCUGAAACAUGGGCCCCACCUGACAAAAUGCAAAGUGAUCUUGACUGGAGGGAACACACUGCUCAAGCAACAGGAAUUACCCAAGGAGAGCAGUCUCAAGGGUGGCAGGGAAGAAACAGGCAGACACCUUCCGCUUCUGCAUCUUGUGCUCCACCUGACAGAAUGCGCACUGAUCUAUACCAGAAGAACGUUGCCUUUCAACCAAGAGCGGUUCAGAAUGAAUGGCAGCAGUCUCAUCGUGAUGUUUGGGAGGAAAGAGACAGGGACAGGCAGACUCCUUCUACCUCUGAAACAUGGGCCCCACCUGACAGAAUGCAAAGUGAACUUAACUGGAGGGAACACACUGCUCAAGUAACAGGAAUUACCCAAGGAGAGCAGUCUCAAGGGUGGCAGGGAAGAAACAGGCAGACACCUUCCGCCUCUGCAUCUUGUGGUCCACCUGACAGAAUGCGCACUGAUCUAUACCAGAAGAACGUUGCCUUUCAACCAAGAGCGGUUCAGAAUGAAUGGCAGCAGUCUCGUCGUGAUGUUUGGGAGGAAAGAGACAGGGACAGGCAGACUCCUUCUGCCUCUGAAACAUGGGCCCCACCUGACAAAAUGCAAAGUGAACUUGACUGGAGGGAACACACUGCUCAAGCAACAGGAAUUACCCAAGGAGAGCAGUCUCAAGGGUGGCAGGGAAGAAACAGGCAGACACCUUCCGCCUCUGCAUCUUGUGGUCCACCUGACAGAAUGCGCACUGCUUUAAAGGAACGGGACUUAUCUCAAUUGGGAAGUCUGUCAAAUGGAGAUGAGGUGCUGAGUGAUAGAGAAAUGAAAGAUGAAGGAGUUGAUUAUUGGCUUCGUAAGCCUGAGGGCCACCCAGGUGCAGGUGUUGAUCAUUUUGCUGAGGGUGGAGGUUAUAAAUAUAUGGAUGACAAUGGUGAUGGUGAUAUCAUUGAACACAAUGAUAAUAAUGAACAUGAUGAACCCGUAGAUAAUAAUGAUAAACACGUAGAAAAGAAAGAUGAAUGUGAAGAAGAUGAAAAUAAUAAUGAUGAUCAUAAGAGUUUGAAUGAUGAUGAUUAUGAAGAUGUGGAUGAGAGGGUGACUGUUAUCCAAGGUAGUAGCUCCAACUUUGGAGCUAUUUACCUUCCAAAAGUCAACAAGCCUAAUGAUGUAGAUGCAGGGAAGUUACAGGAUAUUCAGAAGCCUGCUGAAGUGAAACCAAAGAAGCAGAAGGGCAAGACUCAAGGUAGGCAGAAAUCAAAUCUUGAUGGUCUGACGGAGAAGGCCACCAAGUACUUUAAUGCCAAAAAAAUACAGUGUGAGUCUGUAGAAACCCCAGCUUCUCCAAAGAAAGCUCACCCAAGGAAUACCUCUGUAAGGAAGGCCCCUGCAAGGAAGGCAUCUGCAGCAGUUGAGAAGAAUGCUCCAAAGCAAAAGAACCCUCCCAAAUACAAGCGAAUAAUUGCUGAAGGAUCUUCUACAGACGGAUCAGAGUCCUCUGAUGAAGUUUGUUCUCUUGUGGAAGUAAUAGAGGAGGAAAUAAAGUCUGGAACUGUUAAUGAAGCUGGAACUGCUAAGGAAUCUGACACUACUGCAGAGGUGUUAUCGAAGGGGACAAGGGGAGUGAAACUUAGUUCUGUUCAAUUAGAUAUUCUUUGGAAAUUAGACUCUGAGCUAGCUCACAAACACCUUGGUCUCCCCUCAAGAACUUGCUCUGCUGAGCCUAACAAAAAUUGGGGUGAACCGAUGGACAAUGACGAAUUCCAAACAUUUAUACAGCUAGUGAAAAGAAUGUGGAUGAGAGCUUCAUUGUGCUUCGAAGCGUACCUGGAUGAACAUCUUAGAUGUUGGGGUCUCAGGGUCAACAAGCACCAUGAAGGAAAAUUAAGUAUUUCAAUGUCAUCUGUAAUGAAAGAGAUGGGAUGGCUUGCCUGUGCCCCCACAAACGAAAUGUGUCCCACCAGCCACAGGUACCUAAGAUCUCCCACAUCAAGCAACAGUUAUCUUGGUGGUCCCAUCUCUUUGUCUAAUUGGGCGCCUACAAAGGAUUGUACAGUCAGAUGUACUGCACACAUUAACUGUGAUGAAUCAGGAAAAUAUCACCUUUUGACAGUGCGUCCACUUGAACCACAAACCCCUAUCCUGUGGAACUAUGGAUUCAACCGUGCAAAAUCAUUCCCAUGUAUGCAUCCGACUUCAGCGUGGAAGCUGACUGAAUGCUGUAACUACGAUGAAGAGGCUACAACUGAGGACCCGGUCUCUUUCUAGUGCACUAUUACAUUGUAAAACUUAAUCAUAAGUUGAUUUUACUUCUGCUUCAUCUUAACUAAGUGCUUGUAAAUUAUUUAAAUGUCACAUUGCAAUUAAACAGUUGUCACAUCA